AUGGCGGCGCUGGCCAGUUCCCUCAUCCGGCAGCGGCGGGGGGGCCGUGAGGUGCCCCCCCCCCGCGCCGCCGGCCCCCCGCGCCCCCCCGGCGCCCCCCGCCCCCCCUCCCUCUGCCAACAGCAGCUCCGCGGUCUCGUCGCCAAAGUCCGCGGCUGCGGCCGCCGCCGGCGCCCCCGGGAGAAGCCCCCGGAGCCGCAGCUGCGGGGGGCGGUGGCGAAGCUGCGCUGUGGCCACGGGCACUUCCUGCACAUGGGCCCCGACGGGCGGCUGGACGGCACCUGGGAGGAGGCGGGGCCGGGCACGCUGUUCAACCUGAUCCCGGUGGGGCUGCGGGUCGUGGCCAUCCAGGGGGCCCGGGCCGGGCGCUACGUGGCCAUGAACGGCGCCGGCCUCGUCUACGCCUCCGUUCACUUCACGGCCGAGUGCCGGUUCAAGGAGUGCGUCUUCGAGAACUACCACGUGCUCUACGCCUCCGCGCUCUACCGCCAGCGCCGCUCGGGCCGCGCCUGGUACCUGGGGCUGGACCGCCACGGCCGCCCCAUGGCCGGGCACCGCGUGCGCAAGGACAAGGCGGCCGCGCACUUCCUGCCCCAGCUGCUGGAGGUGGCGCUGUACCGAGAGCCGUCCCUGCACGAGGUGGAGGAGCCCCCGGGGGCCCCCCCACCCCCCGGCCUCACCCCCCCCCCGCCCCCCCCCCGCCCCCCUGGGGGCGCCCCCCCCGCGGCGGGGAUGACGGCGGCGGCCGCCGUCACCUUCAUCGCCCGGUGCCUGCAGGAGCAGCAGCGGCACGAGGAGGGGUGGGCGGUGCCCGCCGUCUCCAUGGCGACCGCGCGGACGGCAAAGCGCGGGGCGGGGCCUCGGCUGGCGCGCGGGCGGGGUUUCGUCGGGAAGCGACUCCGCCCCCUCCUGGCGCGGCGCACGGUGAUGACGCCAUCGGGCGGCGCCGGCGGCUGCGGGGAGGCGGUGGCGGCGGCGGAGGGAGCCCGAGAGAGGCCGCCGCGCUCCCGGGGGUGA